GAUUUCUCGUGAGAGCUCACAAGCCAACAAAGUUGAACCGCCUUCAACACCGUUCACGCAUUUCACUCCCUCUCAAACUUGACUUUUACUUCCAUUUCCACAACCAUAUAGUUCACUGAUCACUCUGAACUAUCACAGUUUUGGUGGUUUAAAACUUCAGUGAGGAAACUGUAAUGGAUUCUUGCUGUUUGAAUUUGAAACCCAAUUCCCAUUUUGCAAAAGCUAAAGGUGGUUUCAGUCAUGAAAAUAAUUGGUUUUGGGGGGACAGAAUCAGGGGAAGCCUGAAAAAUGAUGUUUGGGUUAAUCAGUUGGCAAAAAGUCUAAGAGCUGAGAAGAAGGCCAGGAAGUUCAGACCUGGUGUUUCUUUUGCUGUAAUUACUUCAAAUAAUGCCCCAGAGGCUGUGACCAUACAAGCUCCAAUAUUUUAUAGACAUAAAGUGGACCCAAGAAAUGUAGCUUCGAUCAUAUUGGGAGGAGGUGCAGGGGCUCAACUCUUUCCUCUUACCAGAAGAACAGCAACACCUGCAGUUCCGGUAGGAGGAUGCUACCGGCUCAUAGACAUCCCAAUGAGCAACUGCAUCAACAGUGGCAUAAACAAGAUUUGUGUACUGACUCAGUUUAACUCUACUUCUCUCAAUCGCCACAUUUCACGCACGUAUUUUGGAAAUGGUAUUAACUUUGGGGAUGGAUUUGUGGAGGUUCUGGCAGCCACUCAGACACCUGGGGAAGCAGGAAUGAAGUGGUUCCAGGGAACAGCAGAUGCAGUGAGGCAAUUCUCAUGGGUAUUUGAGGAGGCCCAGAAUAGGAACAUUGAAAAUAUAUUGAUAUUGUCUGGGGAUCAUCUAUACCGAAUGGAUUAUAUGGACUUCGUGCAGAAUCAUGUUGAUCGAAAUGCUGAUAUUACACUAUCAUGUGCAGCUGUGGGUAACAGCCGUGCAUCAGAUUAUGGAUUGGUGAAGAUAGAUGGCAGAGGCCAAGUUGUCCAGUUUGCUGAGAAGCCGAAGGGAGCUGCUCUGAAAGCAAUGCAAGUAGAUACAACUCUUCUGGGGUUGUCCCCACAGGACGCUGUAAAAUCCCCAUAUAUUGCAUCAAUGGGAGUCUAUGUUUUUAAGACAGAAAUUUUACUGAAGCUUUUGAAGUGGAGAUAUCCUACGGCAAAUGACUUUGGAUCUGAAAUCAUUCCAGCAUCUGUGAAGGAGCACAAUGUCCAAGCAUACAUAUUUAGAGACUACUGGGAGGACAUUGGAACAAUAAAGUCCUAUUAUGAUGCUAGUUUGGCCCUCACUGAAGAGUUUCCAAAGUUUGAAUUUUAUGACCCAAAGACACCUUUUUAUACAUCUCCUCGAUUCUUACCACCAACCAAGAUUGAUAAUUGCCGGAUUGUGGAUGCAAUAAUCUCGCAUGGAUGUUUCUUGAGAGAAUGUAGUGUUGAACGCUCAAUAGUUGGUGAACGCUCAAGAUUAGAUUAUGGCGUUGAGCUUAAAGAUACUGUGAUGAUGGGUGCAGACCAUUAUCAAACUGAAUCUGAAAUUGCAUCUCUGGUGGCGGAGGGGAAGAUCCCAAUUGGGAUUGGACGGAAUACAAAAAUUAGGAAUUGCAUAAUCGACAAGAAUGCAAAGAUUGGAAAUGAUGUGGUCAUCAUGAACAAAGAUGGUGUUCAAGAAGCAGAUAGGCCAGAAGAUGGAUUUUACAUUCGGUUAGGAAUCACCGUUAUCCUGGAGAAGGCAACACUAAAAGAUGGCAUUGUUAUAUAAAUGGAUCUCAAGUACUUACACAGGUUGGUGAGGUGUUGGGAGAGGAAUGCUGUAAAGAAAAUUGCAACUGCUGCAAGGGAAACUGAGAUGAAAUCUGCAGCAUUUUUCUCGAAGAAAGAAGCAAGCAUCGUACUUGCUACCAUAUGUGUAAACUAGAAGUUCCUUGCAUGUAAAAAAAGAGUUGUUUAUCCUAUAAGAGUUCACAGAUGAGAGAAGUACAUAAAUAAAUCAGAGGGCAGGCUGGCUUGUUCCUUUUGAUCGAGUUCUCUUCAAUGCCGAGACAUAGAGACUUUCUGUAUCAAUAAAGAUUGAGAAUAAUUGUGAUGAGAUUAUGAGACA